AUGCAUUUUUAUCACUGUUGUCUCGGAAGUGUCACUAAAGUUUGUAUCGACAAUUUGUAUUCCGACGAAUUUGUUCACAACGUGAACGACGCCGAGUGCUCUACGUGUCAAUGCAGAUUUCGUCUGCCAACGGCCUGCAAGAUAUGCUAGCCUGGUUCCACGCCAAAAAUCAAGUUGGUAUCGAUGCGCCAGUCGGGUCAAAAGAGUGAGGCGACGGCCCGGCUCUAGAAGGGAAAAGGGGAACGAAAAGCAUGAGGGGCGCGACGCUCUAAUUGCCGCCUCUCGAGUGGCUGUGUCAUGCUGUAAUGAAGAGCAAACGCCAGAUGGAGGAUGCCGAUGACGAAGGAAAGUAUUGUAAUGCUGUAGGGAAGAGUCCGCAACAUCGGCGAGAGGAGGGGGCGUGGGAAGUGGUGAUCGCGAUGGGGCUACUUUGGAGCUCAGUGCUUCUUGUCGCUCUUCUUGGUGUGCUGGUA